AUGAGUCACAAUCCAUUUGUACCUGGACAUGGAAAUCAUCCUUAUCCACCCAGUUUGAGUUAUCCUUCUGCACCUCCUCCUCCUCCUUCAUCUGCUAAUACUAACUAUUACUCUCCUUUUAAUCAACAAAUAAACCCAUCUUAUCCUCCAUCAUCCGCACUUUCCUAUCCAAGUAAUGGUUCUCUUCCAUACCCAAUAAAUCCGAGCGCUUACCCUUCACUAUAUUCAUCUAACCCGCCAUACCCUACUAAUUCGUCAGCUCCAUAUCCUACUCAUUCAAGUGCUCCGUAUCCUGUGAAUGCGUCUGUUCCGUAUCCCACUCAGUCGGCAGCUCCUUAUCCUACUAAUUCAGCAGGUUCAUAUCCAACGAACUCUUCAGUUCCGUAUCCCCCUCAUUCGGGGGCUCCGUACCCUACUAAUUCAGCAGGUUCAUAUCCAACGAAUUCUUCGGUUCCAUAUCCCACUCAUUUGGGGGCUCCAUACCCACAUUCAUCGAAUAAUAACGCAAAUCCAAACAUUUAUCCGUCUCUUUCUAUUUCUUCACAAGUUUCUUCUUCUUUAAACUGUCCGCUUCCUACAAAUCCUACAAUCACUCCGGCUUCACCAUUUUACGCGAGACAAGAUGCUGAAAUUUUAAGGAAAGCAAUGAAAGGUUUUGGCACCGAUGAAGCCACAAUCAUAUCAAUUUUAGCAAACAGAACAAAUGCACAGAGACAAGAAAUUGCACUUCAAUUCAAAACGUUAUACGGAAAGGAUUUGAUAAAAGAUUUAAGGAGCGAAACAAGUGGAAAUUUCCGUGAACUUUUAGUCGCUCUCAUGACUCCCUUGCCGGAAUUUUAUGCAAAAGAACUUAAUCACGCUGUUGCCGGUGUUGGAACAACAGAAAGUACACUAAUUGAAAUUCUUUGCACGUUGAACAAUUCCGAAAUUUUAAUUGUUAAAUCAGCUUAUCAACACCUUUUUGGCAACAGUCUUGAAAAUGAUUUGGCAUCAGACACGUCUGGGCAUUUCAAAAGGUUGUUAAUUUCCCUGUGUCAAAGUGGGAGAGACGAAUCCGUACAUGUCGACAGGCAAAGCGCAAUGGAAGACGCCCGAGCACUUCUUGCUGCUGGGGAGUUAAAAUUCGGAACAGAUGAAUCAACAUUCAAUGCAAUAUUAGUGUCGAGAAGUUUUGCACAACUUAAAGCCAUAUUCGAAGAAUACGAACAAAUAACGAGUCACGCAUUUGAAAAAGCCAUCAAAAAUGAAUUUUCAGGCGACAUAGAAGAUGGUCUCAUGGCUUUGGUUAAAUGCGUUAGAAACAAAACGGAAUUUUUAGCAGAUUGUUUGCAUAAAAGUAUGGUAGGAUUCGGUACGAGAGACAGAGAUUUAAUCAGGUUAAUUGUAACAAGAAGUGAAAUUGAUUUGGGUGACAUUAAAAUUGCAUUUAAUAAUAAAUACGGUAAAAGUUUGGAAUCUUUCGUCAAGGGUGACACUUCGGGCGAUUAUAAAAAAUGCCUGUUGGCAAUUAUGGAACAAUAA